ACCGCCGGUACUUAUAUGCCCUUUGAAGAAUUGAGCUUGACGGGCACGUGCAUAGCUCAAGAUCGACGUUGGUCGGUGGAAAUUAUUAAUGGAAUUCUAGUCAUUCUUUGUCUGCAAUUAGAAUGCUAGACCAACGAUUAGCUGUUGUUUCAUUUUGUUUCUUCCAUACUAAAGUUUAUAAUCGAUUUGAUGCAAUCGUAGAGGUAGUCUACAUCAUUCUGAUGUAUACGCAGUUGAUAUGAUAUGCUCGAUCUUUUCGUUAAAAAAAAAAAGAAAAAAGAAAAAAACAAUGAUGAUGAUAACGAUAACGACAAAUGAGAGACAAUAUUUAUCAAUGAUUCAUUGGUUUGCUCAAGUUUAAAACUUACGAGCAUAUUUUGAUUUGUACUAAAGUUAAAAAAGUUACGAAACCAUCCACAUCGAGCCUUUGGCUACAACGAGGUUCUGGUGGAAGAGCUGCGCUUGCAUAUCAAUGCUGGCCAAAACGCAAUGCCGCGAAGUCUAAUGCUUAGUUCUCUUCCUCAAUAACUUAAGAAGCUAAUUGUACGAAACGAUUGAAUACAGAUUGCGAUUACUCGCUAACAAUAAAAAUGUAUCGAAGAAUAUUUACAUCAAUUAAAAGAAAAUGCGAGAGAAACGACGAUACAUCGCAACAAACGCAUCGCAUAAAUAACGAGAAGUGCAAUAACAACAAUAAUCACAGGCAUAAAAAAGAAUGGUCAUAAUAAAUUAGUUUUUUCUUGCAAUGCACUCUUUAAUCUACCGAAGGAGAUAAAACGCCCUUGUGCAAUAAGCUACUAAUAAAUUCCACACGCGAAAAAGUACAAACUUUAUCAGAAAAAGGCUAUAUUGUAAAAAUCUUAAUAAGGUAAAAUACCGUAAAAAAAAACACUAUAAAGAAAGUAAAUCGUAUGUAUAUAAAGUAUAUAUAAAACAGCAUCAAAGUAGCGAAGCUCUCCAAAGUUGAAGUGUAUACAUGUAUUAACGAGUAUGGGCUGCAAUAUAUACGUAUAUACCAAAAUCUAUUUUAAAGUUAGUCGCGCGAGUCAGUUCAUUUACAUCGUCACCGCCACCGAGCUUCAGCCGCAGUGUUGAAAGCGUCCGCAUCGAGCCGUGUACUUAGUCCCCGCCUUUUUCGACACUCAAUUGAUCUUCUUGAUAUAGUAGCCAAAAGUAAUCGAUCGCUGCUCGAGUGCUUCAAGCCGCAAGAGUGCGAAUAAUACUGGAUCUUCAUUUGGACUCAUUCGAGUGUCUUAAUAUGGAGCCGGAAGCCGUAGAUGCGGAGCUAAGACGACACUUGGUACGUCACGGAUUGCUGGAAGCUGCGCAACCAACGUGUUGGAAGAUAGAGAAUUCGAAACUGAGCGGUCGCGGGGUGAUAGCCAGCCGAGACAUCGCCGUCGACGAGCUCGUCUACGCGGACGCAGCUGUGGUCCAGGGUCCGCGCUGUUACUCCAAGUACCUUCCUUUGUGCGUUAGCUGCUACAAGACGGGAUGCGUACUCUUCCCUUGCGACCGGGGCUGCGGUCUCCCAGUGUGUUCCGAAGUCUGUCAGAACGACCCGCAUCAUGUCGAGGCCGAGUGCGCUUAUCUAAAAGGACUGGAACCGACGUGUGGGUCUGGUUGGUCCCUGGAGCUACUCCAGGCAGUCGUGCCGAUCAGGGCUUUAAUGUUGCCCAAAGAACUGACGAGGGUGUUUUAUAGUCUGCAGUGCCACGAGGCUGCUCAACAUGGUCGAGAGGUUGACAUGCUUAAAAGUAACGUCAAAGGCGAUAUAGAUGCAGAUGAUGAAGAAUUGAUGAGACGAGUAUGUCGAGCCAUGGACACAAACUCUUUCGAGACCGCCGUGAUCCGGGGAGGCAAGUCGACGAGUCUCCGAGCACUUUUUCCCGUAGGUGCCCUCACAAAUCACCAGUGUGUACCGAACACACGACACAUCGUUAACGCCGAAGGCGAGUUGUUGGUCUACGCCGCGGUGCCAAUUGCCGAGGGUCAAGAAAUCACGAUGAGCUACGCCGACGUGUUAUGGGACACUCAGAUGAGGCGCCAUUUCCUUCUAGCGACCAAACAUUUUGCAUGCCAGUGUCCGAGAUGUACCGACGUUACGGAGUGUGGUUCGCUACUGGGAGCUCUGAGUUGCGCUAUCGAUAACUGCCAGGGUAAUCUUCUACCUAACACUCCUUUAAGUUUAAACUGCCCGUGGACGUGCAACGAAUGUGGCCUGAUCAUCAAAGGCAGACAGAUUUCAUCGAUUAGAGCGGGAAUUAUUGCUGCAACUGAGGAAUUCAAGUAUGAGAAUCCGAGGAAAGUCUUGAGGUUCGUCAAUAAAGAGCUAAGCUUACUGGUUCCGGAAACAAACUACGUCAUGAUGGAGAUGAUGUUUAGGAUUGUUUCGUUGUUUGGGCGAGCAGAAGGAUGCACUUGGUCAGAAUUGACAGAUGAAGAAUUGAACAUUAAAAUUUUGUAUUGUAAGAAACUUAUACAAUGUUUGGACACAUUAAAUUGUGGAAACUGCACUAAGAAAGGAUUAAUUUUGUAUGAACUGUACUGCGCCAAUGCAGAGAAAGUCAAACGAAUAUCGUCUAAAGAAAGCAAUGUUUGUACGUUGCUAAAAAAUCAGAUUGACUCAUCUGCAAAUGAAAAUGUCCUACUAGAAGCCAUGAAAAUCCUGAAGAGCGAUAUCGUAGCUCCGCACGAUUAUCGUGAGAUCUACAACGAAAAAUUGUUAUUAACUCAAAAGAUUGAAGACAUCAAAAUAAUAUAAAUAAGAAUUAUUGUUUAUAAAAUAUUUCUUAUUUAAAGUUGAUCUAUAUAUAAUACAAUGUGUUCACCAUAGAGUUUAUAUCAUGUACAAUAUUUUUCAAAAUUGGAAAUCUUUCCAACACACUUUAACAAACUGUUCAGUCACACUCAUUCACACGUUAUGCUGUCUGUUGAAGAAGCAUUUUAGCUUGUUCAUAUAAACUCGUGCAAGGUACGAGAUUCUCUAUGUCAUCCACAUCCACUUCACUUUUAGUUCUGUAAGAAAAAUAAUGUUGACAUUUUUAGAAUAAAUAUUUUUCUUUUUUUGUAAUAA